GCUCCCUCAAUGACCUGUCGCUGAUAUCGUUCGACUAAAUUCACCGACGUGCCUCCUCGGUCAGUCGAACGCGUGCACCAACGCCUCCGUGGUCGGCUACGAACCAUACCGCUCGUCUACGUUCGUUGAUAAGCAUUACACACCCUUGGCGGACGGUCAGGAAAGCUGUCGGUGCUAGUAGAGGACAAAGCGUGUCGCAAACUCGUCAAAUUGAUUGUAAAAUUUAAUUAAUUGAUAUGUCAAUCCGUCGACAGUCCGUCAGCGAAUGGUGAGAAGUUUCCGCCGCAGGAGCUACGACGGGAAACUCUUGAAGAAGAUCCUGAGGAAUUUACGAUUCGAUUACGCGAAUUAUAAUAUUCGUGAUAGCGGCUGCAUUGACAACGUCCGUACCCUAACGUAAAUAAAAGUCGGAGCGUAAGGCAAGUGGUAGGGCCAAGUGUUAAAUGACCUAUUGGUGCGUUUUCUCGAGAGGAAGCGCCAAGGGAUAAACAUGUGGUGCGACACGCGAUCGGAAAUGGGAGUGUACGGGACGGUCCUCUUGGUGGUGUGCUGCUUCCUGUGCUCUCCAUGUGCGGGCGAGGAGCCAAAGGCGAGCAACGCCUCGUCGUCUCCGAUAGAAAAGAGCAUGGCAGCUCAAAUGGCAGCGGGCGAGCAGCGGCUCGGGGAUCAGAUUCGCGCGAUUCUCAAGCAUUAUCAGCAAGACGAUCCGAUCGGCCUUCCAGGCGCGCCGAUACCGGAUCCGAUGCCAGUGCCGGACAUGAAGCAUUCCUUCUCCAUGUACACGAUGAAUUUCAAGCAAAUCAACGUUUACGGUCUGACCAAGUUCCGUAUCGAACACGUAGAGUCGGAACUGGCGCGUAUGCAGGUGUCCGUCGCAGUAAGGAUCGACAAUCUUGACAUUCGUGGAUUGUAUACACUGGCCUCGUGGCUGUCGAGGUCCACCGGCGACUUUACGGUGAAACUCACCGGCGUGAACGUCGAGGGCGUCGCCAGACUGGAAGUGAGCACCGACGGCAAAUUGCAAGCUCAGGACAUCGAUAUGGACCUGACUUUCAACAAGAUUGACCUGGACUUCAAGAAUCUAGGAUUUCUCGGCUCGGUUUUUCAAGGUGUCAUCAAUUCCGUCGGCACCUUUAUCUUCGACAGCAUCAAACCAUUCAUACUGAAAGAAGUUAACGCAAACGUGAGGGGCGAGGUAAACAAGCAGAUAUCACAAUUACCGCAAUACUUCCCGAAUUCGAUUUCACCCUUCGAUAUGGCGACCGCAGAAGCCCGCAAGCAAGUCUCCCAGAUGGGCUAUGAUCCGUACAAGCUAAAGGAUUACACACAGAGCGUCGGCGUAUUCACCGUGACCUCGACGCAUACCUGGAUCACCGGUUUAGCCAGUUUCUAUCGCAUGGGAAACAUAACUAUCACCAUGGAGAACGGAACUGUAUACGCGCUUCUGGACGUCGGUACUCAGGAACUGGAGGGCAGGACGCACUGGGAGGUGAGCGUGAUCGGCGGCUUCCUGUCGCGCGCCGGCACCGUGUCCUUCACCGUGCAAUACUUCCGGGUCCAGGUGAAGCUGAGCCAGCCGCUGGACACGCGGAAACGCGCCAGCCUAGAGGAUCUGGAGCUCGAGCUGGGCAACAUCCAAACGAGAAUCCACGGUGCCGGCACGCUCGAUUAUCUCAUUGAAGCGAGCAUUAAUAUACUGCCAAACCUUUUAAGAUAUCAAAUCAUGGACGCGAUCGAGGGGCCGUUGAGAAGACGCAUACAACUGGAAUUAGACAAGGUAGACACGGAGCAAUUGAUCGAUGAGAAAAUCCCGGUGAUCGAGGAACAGGCUAGGUUGAUGCAGGGUAUAGUGCCCGCAGAGGAAACGAUCUUGGAAGAACCGACGCUGCCACCGUACAAUCAAGACGAUCAAGUGCCGUUCUCCGAAAGCGAGGAAGAACGAGGGCCGUCGUAAAAGAAACGCCCUCAAUUUGAACGUUUAACUUCGUUUUAGACAAUCAAUAAUUCGGGGUAAGAUCUGAUUUACAAUAUCACGUUACUGUACAUUAUACAUACAUUUUAACAUAUAGUUCAUAUAUGUGCGUUCUACCUCUUUGAUAGAGGAGAGUCCCCUGUUAUGAGAUAGGUUUCUAAUAUAAGAUAACAGGGUUUUUGUCAAAUUAAUAGGCAUUAUUUGGUUUUCCCAUGAAUUUGAUUGCCCUCAGAGCGAAAUCUGUCUAGUUGAAAAUUUAUUUGUUAGAUAUGCGUGCCAUCGUUGCGAAAAAAGAUUUGUGAAAUUGGACGUUGAAAACCCGCUAUCUCAUGUUAGGAAUCUAUCUCGUAAUAGGGCACUUUCCUCUACUAUUCUGUAUCACGCGCGAUGGAAUUCCAUUUAUAAAUUGCAAAUUGCAAAUUUCGUCGCCAGUUACGGAUCGUCCAAAAGCAGGCUACGCAGCCCAGAAAAGAGUAGAAGAGAUGAAAAAUGUAUAAGUACACGCUUCAUGACGCAUUUGGCAAACAUGCGCAAUUUGUGUUUAAUGGAUUAUUCAGUAACGACUUGCCAAAGUUGACGAAAUAUUUAUUGCGGCGUAUCUUUUUUCUCAUGCGCAUAGAUUUUCAUGUGAUACAUGACUGUAUCAAUGAGACAUGAAUAUUUAAUAGCAAGAAUGCGUUUUCAAAAAUAGAGGCAUUGGCCAUCACAGACUACUUACGUUGGAAAACAAAUAUUUGCAACUAGUACGCAAUUAAAUAAUAUUGCUAUUUUGUUAAAAUUGUAUAAAAUUACACAUUUAAAGAUGACUGUUGGAAAAAGAUAUCGAGUUUAAAUCAUUUUUGUUGAAAAAAAGGAGCAUUACUAGUAUUAUUAGAAACAAAUUAAAAUUUAUUAUGUAAUUGCAAAGUGUUAAGAAUUAUACGUAUAUGAAUAGUGAAAGGAGAGAUUGUCCGACGAUAAUAACAAAAUAGAAAAUUAAAUAUUACAUCUUUAUUGAAGAAGAUAUUGUAUUAGCAAAAUAUUACAUUAUUAAGUUUAAUAGAAAGCGAGAAUAAAAUUACAAAUGACUAUGCGAAAGGUACCGCAAGAGUAAAAUUUUAUCAACACUGAGUAUGGAAUAUAUUUGAGUGUUUAAUCGUCACUUGAACACAAUUGCAAUUAUCUAACUCGAAAUACGAAUACAUUACAUAACAUCUUGCCUAUAA